ACAAAAAAACUUUAUAUGAAAUUCAUAUCGUAAUGUGAAUAAUUAUGACAAUAUGAUACUAAUAACAUAGUUGAAAGUUAGAAGUAUAAUUUCAAUGACAGUUUAAGUAGUAAUAAGAAUGAGUUGUAAACUAAAACACUGAAUUUAAAUCUUGACAAUUUUUUGGGAUCAGACUAAGAAAAUAUUUAUUCCAUCAUAAAUUUGUUAGUCCCGAUGUAAAUGAUUUUUCUUUGACUUUCAGACCAGGCUUAGAAGAAGGAACUAGACGAGGUGCACGCAAAUUCUUCCGAACAUCUCUGACCGUAGAAUUAAAAAAGAAAAUACUUGAAGGAUAAUAUAAAUAUAACAGUUACUAAAAUAAUAUGAAAAUAGGGAAAAAAUGAGGAAACAGAAAUGUAAUUCGCCUAAAAGGAAACUUCUGAGAAGCAUUAAAGACGACUACCGUUUACUUUGACGUUCAAGAAAUGUAUUCCCUGGAUACCCCCAUAGCCAUAGCCAUAGCCAUAGCCAUGGCUAUUAGAACAUGAAUCUCAGAAACUCCGGUUAUACUCCACAAUGUUCAUCAAUACGGCGUCGUUUCGAGUCCUCCUUCUUUGUCUCCUGUCCGCCAUAGCUCUCUCAAAGUCCAUCAUCAAGACUCUACCGGGCUUUCCCAGAAAUCUACCCUUCAAACUUGAAACUGGUUACAUUGGUGUAGGAGAGAGAGAUGAAGUGCAGUUGUUCUACUUUUUCAUUGAAUCAGAAAGAAAUCCGAAAGAUGAUCCUUUCAUACUUUGGCUUCCCGGGGGUCCUGGUUGUUCUGCUCUUCGUGCCUUCUUCUAUGAGAACGGUAUUCCCAUAAUCUUCGUCAGAUUGCUUUUUCAACUAUAAUUCUUCUCUUGUAUAGCUUCAGCUCUAGUAAUUAAUUUGAAUCUUGAUAAUUUUUUUUUGAACUAGAUUAGUAGGAAUUUAUUCCUUAAUAAUAUUUUAAUUUUGACGUGAAUUGUUUGUCUUUGAACCGAUAAAAAAACAGUAAAGAAUAAGUCAAGAUGUACAUAAAUUGAUCCAAACACCCGUUGAACCAAAAGAAAAAGUCACGCUUUAUCUUGAAUGAACUAUGCUAUUUUAUUUCACUUUUUCUAGGCACUUGUAUAUUUUGUGACCAAAAGAACGAGUCAUUUGUAGUUGGGGCGGUGUGAAAUGAUAGUUAAAAGUAUAAAUGUGAGAAAUUUAAUAACUCAAGAGGUAAAGUGAGAUUAAUGGCAUAAUUGACAGGGUCAAAAUAUAAUUUACCCAAAUUUGGUAAUCUGACAGCUACAAAACCCUGUGGGGAGCGAAAAAUUUCAAAGAAAAAGAUUGCUCGAAGAAGACAACGGAAUGAAAACACAUAAAUUGCUUCAAACAAAAGGCCCACAUUUUUUUAUUUUUUGAUAAGUAUGAAAAAGGAUAGGUUAAAGGAGAGUGCUCAGGGGUCAUCUGAUAACCACUCACUAGUGGAAUUAUGAAACUUCUAAUUGCGCCCAUUAUUCCUCUUAGAAUUGAAUUUAGUUAGGGUAGUAUAACAGUCAACUAUGAAGUACGGAUACGGAUAUGAGAUACAGUUACAAUACAAUACAGAUAUGACAAUAUGAUAAAGUCUAAAAAUGUAAGAUACGAGUACGACUAAAAUACGGCUAUAAUAAAAUAUAUUU